CCAAACACAAGUAACGGUGUGCCGCUUGACCGAACCGACGCGCUUCUCUCUUUUCCUAUCUUGAGACUCUUCUUCUUCUAUUUCUCAUUACCGUUCCGUUUCGCGAGUGAUUGAAGCUAGUUACUAGUUACAGAAGAAGAUGUUGCAGCUACUCUACACUGCGAUUUUCUUCGAAAUGAUUCUCAUUCUCACCCUUGUCUUCAAGACCCCACUGAGAAAACUCGUCAUCGUUUCCCUCGAUCGUGUGAAGCGCGGUCGCGGCCCCGUGGUGGUUUCCACCGUGGGCGCCACAUUGGUGGUGGUUCUCGCGUCGAGCCUCUACAGCAUGGCCAAGAUCCAGCAACGCACCCUCGAGGCCGGCAUAGUCAACCCCACCGACCAAGUCCUCAUGUCCAAGCACAUGCUCGAGGCUUCUCUCAUGGGGUUUGUACUGUUCCUCUCUCUGAUGAUUGAUAGACUGCACCAUUACAUAAGAGAGCUUCGGUCACUCAGGAAGACCAUGGAAGCCAUUAAGAAACAAAGCCGAAGUUUUGAAGAUGGUAAAAAUGGCAAUUUAGAGGAACAUAAAGCAUUGAAUGAAGAAAUUACCACAUUGAAGUCUAAAAUUAAGAAACUAGAAUCUGAAUGUGAGGCAAAAGGAAAUCAAGCUAAGACUUUGGAAACUGAAGUAGAGGCUCUUAAAAAGCAAUCCGAAGGGUUCCUUAUGGAAUAUGAUCGCCUCUUGGAAGACAAUCAGAGUCUUAGGAGUCAGUUGCAGGCCAUUGAGCAGAACCCUUUGUAAAAAGAGUAUGUGAUUGUUGAAAUAUCUAGAAAAACAGUUUUUAUCCUUUUGUUUUAACUCUUUUUUGAGUGUCACAUACUUUCUUAAUGAGGUUAUAGUAGAAUAUUAUACAUAAAUGACAAAACUCUAUUAAACCAGUAGACACUUUUGUGGUCUCUUAAUACUCUAAAUUUAUGUCAACAGUAAAAGAAAAAUGUGGAUGUUCAACGUGCAGUA